UCCACACAGUUGUCCUUGACGAACAGACUGCAUUACCCAGAACCCUCAGCUCAAAACAGACAUCACCAGGGACACAUGCUUUUAAUCAUGGCGGCCGCCGCUAAAAAGGUGGUUUCUGUUGACUCUAGCAGUAGUGACGAUGAAGCGCUUAAAAGAUGUCGGGAGGCAGUUUGGAAUAUACGAAGUGACAAAAACAAAGAUGAGGACAGCAAUGCACAACAGUCAAAGCGUGUGGUUGUCGCUGACCAUGACCACGAUGGCAACGAGCUCCAGGUCACCAAAGGGUUUCAAACACACGUUGCUAAAAAGUUGGGACAUCUGCUUGACAGUUCCAUUACAGAGAUGCAGACUGAGACUUUAUCCUGUGUGAAAUCAUCUAAAUGUGGUGGUAGUGAUGAUGAGAAUGAUGAAGGAUUUCGUCUGUUUUCUACGUCAGUCCUGGGACAAGCAGCUGAGGAUACUCCGGCCCCUGUGAGGCGUCGGCCUGUUCCCAGCUCAAGUGACAGCGAUAGUGAGAUGGAAACAAGGCUGAGGGAGGCAGCGGUGUCUCUCAAAGAUCUCUUCCACACGUCGUCCCUGCCCUCUACACUCUCCACUCCCUCAGCAGAGCUUCCCUGCUCCGAAAAAGUAAAGAAAAAGACGAAAGUGGCAGAGGAAGAGGAAAACCAUAUUAAGAAGAAGAAGAAAAAGAGGAAAUCAAAUCAAAAGAGCGAACAAGUGGACUCUGAAAGUUCUCCUCUUAAUGCUCAAAGAAAUGGUGAGCACAGGACCUCAGAGCAGGAUCACACGCAGGUCAAAGUGAAACGGAAAAAGAAAAAAAAGCGAGAAUUACACACAGAGGAAGAAGCUUUGACCUGAAUUUCCUCUAAAUAAUUAAUUACUGUUUCAGGGAUGUUUGUUUGUUUGUUUGGUAUCCAGUCUGCCAUAGUUCGUUAAAAGUUUGAAAUAUAUUCCCCAAAACAUUUUGAGUAUAUUUUUAGGAAGCCACGUUUCAGAGCACGCAGAAAAUGGACAACAGUAAAUGCAUGUAAAAUGUGUAAAAACCUUUUUUUUCAUUAAACAUCUUUUCAUACCAUCGCUCAUGGUUAAUCUUGAAAUAGUCUUUACUUUGUCAUUAAGCCAUUUCAAGGCAGUGACAUAAAAAAA